AUGUACACAAAUAUGACGAUGAUUAAAUUUGUUUGGAAAUCUGUCUCCUGCUUUCCCUGUACGAUUGAACCUGCCAGGGUUGACUUUCGAAUUAUUCAAUUUUGAGUUUAUCCAUUGAAGCUGUAUCACUUUACAUCAUAUAUGAACGAGCCAAACUUUCACACGUAAACGACUUUCUACCAACUAGAACAACAUUUCUUGAAUUUAUUAUCGUCCGUAUACCAAAAUUAAAAACUGUUAUAUCAGUACUAGAUUUGACCUUGCAAAAAAACGACAAGAAGAGAAUUGGCGUUGACGGCGAGCCUGUAUCUUAUUUCCGUGAAACUUCAGCAAAAACUAUUGAGAAUGUACUUAACAAAGAGUUUCUUCUGUACACUUUAUCGGAAAAGUAGAUAGUAUCGCUAUUGCGAAAGGAGAAUGGAGGUCUUCACGUGGCCCAAAAUGUGUCGUCC